AUGGAAGAACAGGAUUCGCUGUUUUUGAAACUGAAAGAUUUUUCUAGAAUCAAUGCUCAGUUCAGGAUUGCUUUCGAGUCGUUUGAGAAAAACAAAAGCCUAUCUAGGCUCGAAAAAAAUAAUGUGCACCUAAAUUACAUAGCCACCCAAAUUUUUAAUGUUUCACAAUAUUUUGAAACGGUAUUUUCUCAUUUUUCUGAGGAAUUGCCAAGGUUUUUAAAUAUUCUCGUUAAUACGAAUAGUUCUGACAAUUUUGACUAUGAAAAACACGUAUAUGCAUGUACAGUUAUUAGUAAAAUUAUUCAAAAAAGGACUGACUUAACAAGUUAUGCAUUGAAAUAUUUUGAGAAUCAUUCAUCUCCUUUUAAUAAAAAAAAUAGUCAAAAUCCUUCUAAAAAGCGAAAAUUUGAGUCUACAAUGAAUGUUGAUGAAUUAGAUUUAUUGAUUGUUGAGAGUACUUACUUUAUUUUAAAAACCAAUCCAGAUCAUUACAGGAAUAUUUGGAAUUGGUCCGAUUUUAUUAAAAUAUAUAAAACAAAUACAAAUACAAAAGUCUUAUGGAUUGUUUGCCAUACUCUGGCCAUAGUUUUUGGAUUAAACGAAAAACACCUAAAAAAACUAAUAAACACGUUUAUGAGCAAAGAAAUAUCAAUCCAACAUUUAUGCCAAUUCAACCUAAAAUCAACUUUAUCAGAAACAUCUGCAAAAGCGGGCGUUAUCGAUAAAAACCCACAAAUAUAUAUUCCAAAAAAUGCAUUCGAAAAAGUUGCAAACAUAUGUGGAAUUUACUUACAAACUGUAAACGAAUUCGUCGAAAACGAUUUGCUUCUAGAAGUAAAGUCAACAAAAGAAAAUUUGCGCAAAUUAGCUUUGGGCUUGACAUCAAAUAAAGCCCUUUGUUUACAAGGUCCCGUGGGCAGUGGCAAGACCAGUUUGGUCGAGCAUUUAGCGUUAAAAACUGGCCGUAAAAUCGGCGAAAACUUCAUCAAAGUCCAGUUGGGGGAUCAAACGGACAGCAAAAUGCUUUUGGGGACUUACAGAUGUACUGAUGUUCCCGGGGAGUUCAUAUGGCAGCCAGGUGUAUUAACACAGGCUGUGGUAGAUGGAAAUUGGUUACUUUUGGAAGACAUAGAUUCAGCUAGCAUGGAUAUCGCCUCAGUGUUAACAAGUUUAUUAGAAAACCGAUGCCUAACAGUGCCUGGCUAUAAAGAUUCGGUCCCUGUGGCACCCAAUUUUCAAUUAUUUGUGACGCAAAGACUUGUCACCACCAUAACUGGGCAUCAUAAAAAACACUCCAACGCGAUGACAUUACUAGAGAAACAUUUGUUACAAAUCAAUAUAGAUCCCUUAUCGGUGGACGAUCUAAAAGAAAUAUUAAUCACUAGAUAUAGUAAAUUUCAAACUAUUACUGAUAGGUUGAUAAAUGUAUUCCAACUUUUCAACAAAGAAACAGAUCAAAAUCUAAUUUCAAUUCCUAAGAGCGGUAGACUGAUAUCAACCCGUGACUUCUUCAAAUGGUGCUCACGAGCCAUAAUAGACUUUGAUGUGAGCAGUCAGGAAAGCGCUCUAAAAGUCCUACAGGAUGCCAUAGACGUAUUCUGUUGCUCCUACUCAAACGCACAGGAAGCCCUCAACUUGGCUGUAGAAAUCAGCACCAACUUGAGUAUAAUCAACCAAAAAGCUGAAUAUUUCUUCAAAACUUACAAACCAGAAAUGCAUUUAACCCAGGAUAGUCUUAUAGCAGGGCGAGCUUCAAUCAAAAGAGACAACAAUAUUUUUACUAAAACAGCAAAAUUUUCGUUUACAAGACCAUCAGCUGUUUUAUUGGAAAGAAUAAUGUGCUGUGUAAACCUUAAAGAGCCUGUCUUAUUGGUUGGUGAAACCGGUACGGGUAAAACUUCGUCAGUGCAGUUUUUGGCCAACACCAUUGGUCAGAAAUUGGUGGUCAUAAACAUGAACCAACAAUCGGAUUCAGCAGAUUUACUGGGAGGUUAUAAACCUGUUGAUUUUAAGUUUAUAGUUGCCCCAGUCAGAAGAGAAUUUGAAGAAAUUUUUUGCGAUUACUUUAAAGUGGAACCAAACAAAAAGUAUCUAAGCAAUGUUGCUGUUUGUUUUAAUAGUCAACGGUGGUCGGAUUUGGUUAAAUUGAUGACGAAGAGUUGUGAGGCAGCCAUUAAACGACUUCCAGCAGCAAUGGAUGAAUCCAAAAAAACCGACAAUUUAGAAAAACUUAACAAGGAAGAGAAUUUCCUAAAACGCUGGCAGUUGGUUGCUGAAAAAUUGCAUAAACUGGCCAUGCAGUUGAAGCAACCAAACUCUUUGGCUUUUGCUUUCAUUGAGGGAAGUCUUGUAAAAGCUGUAGAGAAAGGUUAUUGGGUCUUGUUGGAUGAAAUAAAUUUAGCAAAUGCAGAAACUUUGGAAUGUUUAUCUGGGCUCCUUGAGGGUUCCAAAGGUUCACUGUGCUUAUUGGAAAGAGGCGACAAACAACCUGUUAAAAGGCACAGUAAUUUCACCCUAUUUGCUUGCAUGAAUCCUUCUACGGACGUAGGCAAAAAAGAUUUACCACCGGGGUUAAGAAAUCGCUUUACCGAGUUUUAUGUCGACGAAUUAACUGAGAAAUCUGAUCUACUGCUUUUGGUCAAUAACUAUCUUGAAGCUAUGUCGUUGAAAGAUAAAGAUUUGAAUAAGAUCGUGGAUUUUUACUUAAAAGUUCGCAAACAGACCAUAAUGACUUUGUCUGAUGGUUUAGGUCAUAAGCCACAUUAUUCUUUAAGGUCACUGUGUAGAAGUUUGAUGAUCGCCUCCAGCAAUCCUUGCGGAAUGUUUAAAAGAAGCUUGUAUGAGGCUUUCUGUCUUGGAUUUUUAACUCAGCUAGACUCUGCUUCUUACAAUAUAGUGCAGAAAAUGAUAACCACCUAUUUUCUUGGAGAUGAUAAAUCCGCAAAAGCCAUAAUGAAACAGCCAAUUCCAGAACCUAAAGACGGUGAAACAUACAUCAAAUUUGAGGAUAACUGGGUUCAUAAAGGUUCACUGGAACCCGUUCCGCCUGAAGAUUACAUUCUUACGGGAUCAGUCCGAAAAAAUCUUAAGGAUUUAGUAAGAAUAGUGUCUAUCGGUAAACUCCCCGUUUUAUUGCAAGGCGACACUUCAGUUGGUAAAACAAGUUUGAUUACGUAUUUAGCGAAAUCGAGCGGAAAUAAAUGCGUUCGUAUUAACAACCACGAGCACACUGACUUACAGGAGUACAUCGGGUCUUAUGUGGCCGACUCCAGCGGUAAAUUGGUGUUCAGAGAGGGAUUAUUAGUGGAGGCGAUGCGCAAGGGCCACUGGAUUAUCCUGGACGAACUUAAUUUAGCGCCCACCGAUGUUCUCGAAGCUCUGAACAGAGUUUUGGACGACAACAGAGAAUUAUUCAUCCCGGAAACUCAGGAAACCGUGAAAGCUAAUCCGAAUUUCAUGUUGUUUGCCACGCAAAACCCACCAGGUGCCUACGGUGGCAGAAAAAUGUUGUCGAGAGCUUUCCGAAACAGAUUCGUUGAGUUACAUUUUAACGAGAUUCCGGCUGAUGAAUUGGAAUUUAUUUUGCAAAAGCGGUGUCAAAUGCCGCCCUCCUAUGCCAAAAAAAUGAUAAGUGUUAUGACAGACCUACAAAUAAGACGCAAAGGUUCGGCAGCAUUCGCUGGUAAACAAGGUUUCAUGACGCUUAGAGAUCUUUUCAGGUGGGGUGAAAGGUAUAGGUUAGCUCCAAAAUUGGAAAAAUUGUAUGAUUGGGAUCAACAUUUGGCCGACGAGGGUUACUUGGUCUUAGCGGGUAGAGUUAGAAGAACAGAGGAAAGGGGAGAAAUUACAGAAGUAUUGCAAAAGCAUUUGAAAAGAACCGUGUCACCCCAACAACUUUUUACCUUGUCUGAUAAGACUUCCAGUGUCACCCAACACGUUCUGGAGAAAAUCCUGAGCGAUAAAUCCAAACACCGAAAUAUCGUUUGGACUUUCAACAUGAGGCAGUUGGCAGUACUAGUUGCAAAAGCAAUAGAAUUUAAAGAACCAGUACUUUUGGUGGGUGAAACUGGUGGAGGUAAGACGACAGUGUGCCAACUCAUAGCCGAAAAUAAUGGACAAAAUCUACUAACCGUUAAUUGUCACAUGCACACUGAAAGCAGCGAUUUUAUUGGCGGGCUUAGGCCUGUAAGAGAUCACACAGAAGAUGCAAAUAAACUUUUUGAAUGGGUUGAUGGCCCAUUAAUUCAGGCCAUGGUUAAGGGGGAUGUUUUCUUAGCCGAUGAAAUUUCUUUAGCUGACGAUAGCGUCCUUGAAAGAUUGAAUUCUCUAUUGGAACCUGAAAGAUCCUUGCUACUGGCUGAAAAAGGCAUAGAUUUAAACAAUACGGAAAACUCCGAACUCUUAAUAGCAAAUCCAGGUUUUCAUUUUAUCGGGACCAUGAACCCUGGUGGUGAUUUUGGAAAAAAAGAGUUAUCACCGGCUCUAAGAAAUCGGUUCACGGAAAUUUGGUGCGAAUCUUGUACCGAUAAAAACGAUUUGAUUUCGAUUAUCGAGCAAAAUAUCAAAGGUGGUAUUUCUUUUGGCAACCAACAAGAUGGUUCCAGCGGCAUUGGUAAGAGUAUUAUGGGUUUUGUGGAAUGGUUCCAGGGUACUGAAAUAGGAAAGAGGUUUACGAUUAGCAUUCGUGAUAUUUUAACAUGGGUUAAUUUUAUCAAUGUCUGUGCGGAAAAAAUAGAAAUUUCUGAAGCAUAUUUACAUGGUGCUUUCCUAACAUUCUUGGAUAGUUUAGGAUCUGGGGCAACUAGUACUGAAAGCAUAAAAAUCUUGGAGAAAUUUAGAUUUCAAUGCGAGUCAUUUUUAAUAAAACAACUCAAAACAUUAACUCACGUCGAACCCACUUUACUGGAAAAACUGUCAGUUGACAUAACAAAAAAAUCCUUUGGAAUAAAACCAUUUUAUAUACAAAACGGAAAACUUGUGUCUGCUAAGGAAAAUUUUUCGUUUAAUGCCCCCACAACAAUAUUCAACACUUUACGUUUAUUAAGAGGAAUGCAGCUUAAUAAAGCAAUUCUUCUUGAAGGUAGUCCGGGAGUGGGAAAGACUAGCCUUGUGACUGCUUUGGCUAAAUAUACUGGGCAUAAAAUAUUUAGAAUUAAUUUAUCUGAUCAAACAGACAUUUCUGAUUUGUUCGGGGCGGAUCUUCCAAUAGAAGGUGGUACUGGUGGCCAGUUUUCAUGGAGAGAUGGGCCGUUACUUCAAGCAUUAAAAAAGGGUGAUUGGGUUUUACUUGACGAACUGAAUUUGGCGUCCCAGUCAGUUUUGGAAGGUUUAAACGCUUGUUUGGAUCAUCGUGGCGAAGUUUUCAUACCGGAAUUGGGAAAAACGUUCCAUAUUACCCCGGGAACAAGAUUUUUUGCCUGUCAGAACCCUUUGAAACAAGGCGGUUCGCGUAGAGGGCUACCUAAGUCAUUCUUAAACAGGUUUAUACAAGUUUACGUUAACACUUUAAACGAUAGAGAUUUGAAGUUUAUUCUGGAGAAUCAGUUUAAUGAAAUACCUUCCGAUGUGCUUGAAAAGAUGUUGAAGUUUAAUUCUAAAGUUACCGACGAGCUCGAGAGUCAUACGUUCGGUCACAAAGGAUCCCCCUGGGAAUACAAUUUAAGAGAUUUGACGAGAUGGUGCGAGGCGGUUUUGUACGUCUACAAAAUAAACCCUAAGCCAGACAAACAAUUCGAACCGGAACGUGCCGUGCAACUUAUCUACGGUGAUCGUAUGAGGACCAAUUUCGACAAGCUUAAAAUCCGGGAUAUUUUCGAAAGCGUGUUUGAGUGCGGUUUUUCCGGUAAUAAUCCGGUGGUGUACGUUAAUAGUGACUCGGUUUACUUCGGGGAUGUUCGCGUCGAAAGGGACACCGAUAAUUUAAACUAUAACGUGCUUAAACAGGACAAAACGUGUUUGGUGCUCAGAUCUCAGCUGCCGGCCUUAAGAAGUUUAGCUUAUUGCGUCAAUUUGAAGUGGAUGGCUAUUUUGGUCGGUACUUCUGGAUCUGGAAAAAGUGGUGUAGUUAAAACUCUGUCUAAUUUGGCAGGAAAAACGUUAAAAACGUUGCCAGUCACAUCUGCAAUGGAUACCACAGAUAUAUUAGGAGGAUUUGAACAGACCGACUAUAGCAGACAUUUGGAUGAACUUAUAAGACUGACCGAACACAUGCUUAUGGAAAUUAUUCAAGAUUUAUUAAUUUCAAAGAAAAUUGACGAAAGUUUGGAUUUGAUUAACAUUUGGGAGAUUUUUAAGGAAAUUAGUGUAUCUACAAAACAAACCAUGGACGAGGAAGCGAAACUGUUUGUUAGAAAAAUAUCCAAACUUGAAUUAGUGUGGGAUAAAUUGGAAAAGUUGACUAACAACAAACUAAUGAUUAAUAAUCUGAGAACUAAAGGAGAUAAAAUGGCGAGUUGCGUUAAAAAGGAAGGAUCAUUAAAUGCUGGAGGCAAAUUUGAAUGGGUCGAUUCAAUGCUUACAAAAUGUUUACAAGAUGGUUCUUGGUUGCUAAUAGACAACGUGAAUUUGUGUAGCGCCGCAGUUUUAGACAGACUAAACGCUCUUUUAGAACCCAACGGUGUUUUAACCAUUGCCGAAAGAGGAGUUGAUGCUAAUGGUCAAAUGGUACACAUUAGGCCUCAUAAAGAUUUUAGGUUGUUUUUGACAAUGGAUCCUAAGAAUGGUGAAAUUUCACGUGCCAUGAGAAACAGGGGGGUGGAAAUCUGUUUAGUAAACGAUGAUUCUGAUGAAAAAUUAAACAUGUUAGACUUAAAAAGCAUGAUUAAUCUGAACGGUUUAAAUCGCCCGGAAUGGAUUAACGUUCUCAUUAAAACGCACAACUUUGUGAGCGACUUAAUACUCGGAGAAAAACCGACAAUAAACGAAAUAUUACAAGCGUCAUUCCUCAUUUCUCAACAAUUAAACCACGGAGUGGUAAAUUUUGCUGACACGAUCAUUGAAGUGUACUACAAGACUAGGUCUUCAGUUGAAUUUAAUUGCACUGAUGCUGUGACGGUAAUCACAGAUGAAGUUAGAAAGUAUUUAAGUCAAGUAGAUGAAAUAAAUGUAGAUGAAGAUAUUAUCGAUUUUUACAACGAAAAUUCAACGUUGAAAACGGAAGAAUUGCAAAGUAUUUCUGAUAUUGCCAAAGUCAAACAGCAGUGUUCCCUUUUGAUGAGCCUUAUGGAUUACAAAGAUAGAAACAGUUGUGUGACCAUUUAUAAAUAUAUUCUUGCCAAUAUGUAUAGUAUUACUAGUUGUGAGGACUUGCAAAUUCGCCACUUGUAUCUGCAAAACAUUCUUAGAAACAAUUCAGAAGAUUUGCAGUUGAUCGACAAAUUUAAUCGAAUCGUAAAUCAAUUUAAAAACAGUUCUAGACUUCCUUUGGAUUACAGAUGGACACCUGACAUAAUAAACAAAUUUUUACAAGAAGAAAAAGGGAAUAACAUUAAUUUAUCGUUACAUUUAUCCAUACAAUACCAAAUAGAAAAACUAAAAACCCUUAAUGUUAAUGCAGAAAUAAAAAAGAGUAAAAAGUUAUCCCUAAACGAUUAUAUCAUUGAAUUGCGUAAAAGAAACAAAACCGAAAAAUUCGAUAAUGUGGAUAUCGUACAAUUUAUUGAAUUACUUGAAGAGUUCGAUGCUUGUCUUAAACAGUUACCAGAAAAAAUCCAAAUUAACGAAAACAACUUUGUUGAGAUCCUUCAACUCUUGACUUGGAGAUUUUUGUUUUUCCAAUGCACGCUUAAAAAUAUGAAAAAUAUUUCCUCAACCGAUUAUUACAGCAUGCUAGCAAACUUACUGAUGCAUUAUAAAUGGUUCUUUAAGAACUCCAUAAAAAGACUGUCAGAAAUUGUGAAAACACCUUUAAAUGCAAAGAUUAUGGAAAUUACAACCACCAUAAAUAGUAAUUUGGAAAAACAGUUUUCUUCCUUAAACAAAUUAAGCAAAAACUAUAACAAACACAAUAACAGACCACCACCAUUUAUAAAUGAUCAUCAGCUAGAAGUGGUUCCAGUGUUCAACGAUAUUUCGGAUAAAUACAACUAUUUUGAUAGAAGAAAUGAUUUAAUGAAAGUUUUGUCCAUAUUAAAAACCGACAAAGAGUUAUACGAAACUUUAGUAGACGUAAAACAAGAAUUAAAUUUUGAUUUUACCGACGUAUCAAAGCAAAUUACAUUAUUAAAACAUCUGCAUGAUAACUAUGAAGAAAAUAAACCCGAAUCAAUCAACAAAUUUGAUUUGGAAGUUCUACCCUUCAAAGACUAUUUUAAUCAACUUGAAACAAGAUUGAACAUAAGAACAAUACAAGAAGAAAAAACCGUAGAACCAAUAACUAAAACAUUAUUAACACCUUUGGAGUUAAUGGGUUUGCUCCAAAGAUACUCCUCUGAAAAAGACAACAGAUAUCUUCAUGAAAUAAGAAGAGUUUACAAUACGUAUAUCAUGAACUCCGCCUAUAUUAAACCGUCUAAAUUUUUGCAAACAGAAGAGCUGGAUAUAAGUUUAACCAAUUUUACACCGUUUUUGACAUUCUAUUUUAACCACUUCUUGGUAAAUCUAGAGGGUAAUAAUUUCAAUACAAACCUGGGUAAUUUUAGAGAGCUACAAAAACAGCAUAAGAUGUUAAAUGGUACUUUGUGGAGUAAUAUUAUGCAGCUUAAUAGUGAAAAUUAUGAUUUUUUGAAAUCGGAAACAAAUUACGUACUGGUUAGAUUUAAAACUUUUAUUAAAGAAUUUGGACUAUCUCUUGAUGUAGACAUGGAUAAAUCACCUGAAGAAAUUUUGCAACUUUGUUUAGUAUUACUAAGAAAAUACAAAAACAAUUUAAAAGUACAACAAAUUGUUUACCAUUUGGAAAACUGCAUUAAAAAUAGUAAACUACUGGGCAAAGAUAACAAUUUUAACAACAAAUUGUUAAUUAUUUCGGAUUUGUUUAUGGAGUUAAACUACGUACAAAUGAUGUUUAAUUCAAAUUUGCCAUUAGUGGACCCAUUAGCUAAAAAAGCAAUUAAGAAGAAAUAUUGUUUAGAGUCCAUUACCUUUUUUCAGGAUAUUGGAAAAGCUUUGCGUCUACAAAGCGACGUAUUUUCCGAAAAUAAAGACCUACAUUCCUAUAGUCAACCGAUAAAAUCAAUGAUAAAAAAGUUGGAGAUUAAAAACACAGAUCUUGGCAAAUAUGUGGCUGUCAGAUCCAAAAAUGUUUUAUAUGAAAGUGUUUACAAAAUGGUUCAUCAUUCGUUUUCCACAAUCCUUUCCAACGAAUAUGUCCUAGCAGAACUUAAAAACUUAAACUUCUGUAUAAAUUUAAUUCUACAAAAUAAUUCUGACCUGGAUUUGAGUAAAUGCACAAAAACUUUAAAUCAAUAUGAGUCAUCAAUAAUCAGUUACGAAAAUCUUUUAUACGAAUGGAGAAACUUUCGUUCGACUUUCCCCGAUAUUAUGGAACCUUUGCUGAGCGAUGUGACGGAAUUUUUAUACGGUCUCAAAUUAAAAAUUAAUUUGUUAAAGAAAUUAAUCAAGGAGUAUGAGAAUACGAAACAAAAUGUUAAUUUGCAAGAAGCUAUGGAGAAUUUGGUUGCUCUGCCUUCUUUAAAUGAAAAACAAAAUAAUUUGGAGAGGCAAAUAGAUAAUUAUACAGAAGCUAAGUUUAAAAACUUUAUAUCAGCAGAAUUGGAAAACGUGGAUAACAAUUUUGUAUUAAAGUUGGAGAAAAUAAGACUUUUAAAAUGUGGAAUCCAUGAAGCAUUUAACAACUGUGUGAUUGAGGCAAAAACGAAACAUAACUUGGAUAAAAAAUCCUUUAUGAAGUUUCAUACUUUGGUAAACCAUUUUGUUACUGCUUGGAACCUGGAAGAGCAGGACAAGGAAGAAAAGAAGAAGGAAGCUGAAAGCUUGUACAAAACUAAGACAAAAUGUGACGAUAAACCCGAAGAAGAGCAAAUAGAAGAUGAACUAAGAGAACUAUUCCCAAGUCAUCAUGAUGAAGAUUUCAGCGAUUUCCAAAAGAAAGACCUUUCAGAUGAUUUGGAAGAAAAAUCGCAAGAAUCAGAAUUACUUGCAUUAAAAGAAGAAGACCUUAAGUUUGUUGUAGAACUUCAUAAAAUUCUUGUACAAAACUUUACGAAAUCAGAAUGGUUAAACCCUUCAGUUGAUAAAAGCGUCACUUACGAUUUUGUGCAUCCUCUUUUAGAGAAGUUCAAGUUGUUUAAACUGUUGUUAAACAACUCUAAAAACUGUUUGGAUUAUACCAUGGAUACCAAAUUGACUGGAAGUUUGAGUGUAUUAGUUAGUGUAGCUCAAAGAUAUGGUGAUACGAGUUAUUUGGGUGAACAAUCAUCGCCACUAAAACUUCUGAAUAAGCAUAACUACGAUUUUUACAAAGAUUCAAAUGUUAAAGAAAUACAAUCCUCUUAUCAUAUUCUGGAAGAAUUAAAAAUUCGUAUAAACCAACUCUUAGACGAAUGGUCUGAGCAGCCAACUUUAAAAUCGAUUAUUGUUUUAAUAGAUAGAAUAUACAGCUUCGAUUUAACCAGUCCAGUUUCAAGAUUCCUAACUGGUUUCGAAAUUCUGCUCAGCAAAUGUCACGAAUGGGAGGAAGUGGCUCACUCUGGUGUUAGUUUAAGUCAAUUUACUCCAAAUAUAACGCAACAAAUAAUCACCUGGCGAAAAUUAGAACUGAGCAUGUGGAAAGACUUACUCAAUAAAACCUACGAGAAAAUGAAUGCCCCCGUUGCCAAAUGGUGGCUUUACAUGUACAAUAUUAUGCAGCAGUUUAUUGUUGAAAGUAAAUUUACCACUGAAGAGUUGAUAGAUACUUUGCAAAACUUUAUUGUCAAAUCCAGUUUAGCGGAGUUCCAUAGCAGAUUAGAGUUGCUGUACGUUUUCCAAUCUCAUGUGGUUUAUUUGGAAAGAACCAGUCAAACCCAGGAGUUUAUUAAUGUCUUGUGGAAUUUGUAUUGCUAUUACAAUCAAUUUGAUAGUGCAAUUGUAACAAAGUUAAAGGAUCUCCGGUCUCCCAUUGAGAAAAAGUUAAAAGAUUAUGUUAAAAUUGUAAGAUGGAAGGAUAUAAACUACUGGGCUAUUAAAGAAACUGUAGAGAAGUCUCAUAGAACUCUACACAAGUAUAUCAGAGAGUACAAGGAUGUUUUAAAUCAACCAGUUUGCACUUAUUUGGUAAAUAGCACAAACAAUACGACCGAAAACGUUGGUAUUUGGGAUCGCCCGCAAAGACAAAACCCUAAAACUUACCACUACACGUUAGACGUUGAUGCGUAUGUAACAAAACAAUCUCUAACUAAAAAGAUUUCGAGUACCGAUGUAACCAUUGAAGAAGGUAUUUUAAGCAAAAUAGAUACAUACUUUCUAAAAUCUAGAAAACUAUGUAAGGAUACAAUUUUAUCGACCAAAUACCCCACUUUAAUACAAAACUUGGAUAGCUUUGUUACCGAUAUUAUAGAAAGAAGCACUCACUUGCAAAAUUUGGAAGCAGAUUCUACCUUACCAAAGGAAAAGCAAAAAUCGCAGGCUAAAAAUAUAUUGCAACAAAAACACAGGGCUUUAGCGGACCUAUUCAAAACCUUAAGCAAAAUAGGCUUGUCAUUUAAAACUGGAAUAAUUGAAGCCAAGCUGAAAAAGUUAUCUAGCGAUUUUACAAUUAAACCUAUCGAUUUGAUUGCCAACUUUAGUAAUAUUAAUCAUGGCCGAAAAGAAGAAAAGAUUUUAACAAUUUGGAAUGCCUGUGAAGUAUAUUAUGUUCGUUGUUUAAUGAGGACAGAAAUUCUGGAAAAUGCACUAAGAAAUCCUGCCAAGGAUUUGGGAGUGCAAAAUAUAGAAAGAUGUAAAGGUUUUACCUCCCAUCUUUUGAAUUUAUCACACAAACAAAAAACUGACCUAAUCAACACCAGCCGCAUGUAUUAUUACUUGAGAUUCUAUCUAAAGCAAAUGAACGAUUUUUGCGAAGCCAAAAACUUUGUAACCCUUAAUAAAAUCGAAACCCUUAAAAAUCUUUUAAAAAAUAUAAUAAUUGUUGCCAAUCAAUACAAAAUUAUUCUUAAUUCAUGCCCUGAAGAUGCUAUAGGGGACGAUAAUGUAGAAAUACCGACAUUAAAAGUGAACACUAAAGACUUUAUAAAAGAAAAACAUGACGCUCUGUGGACAAAAACUUCUCAAAUGUUAAAUGACAUUAUAAAUAUUGUUGGUAAAUUAGCGAAUAGUCUCUCAAAACUUACUGGUCAUGUUCCAAGUUGCGAAUAUGACUUGGUUUAUCCUCAAUUUGUCUGCGUUGGAGAAACUACCAAUACCCUUAAUGAACUUAUAACUGAAAUAUCUGAAAAAUUGGAUAAACUUAUUGAAGUAUUUAACGGCAUUCCAUUGGCUGACAGCUUAGUGUGGCUUAAGUCUGAAUUAAAUAAAAUAGAGCAUGAUUUUUUGCAAAAUGAUAUAACUGAAAGUAAAGAUGCGAAAUCAUAUAAAAAUGAUGUUGAAAAAUACACAGAAAAAAUGCUACUUGCUAUGCAGGGGAUUUAUAAGAAAUACAAAGAUAAAGAGGAGCCGCCAAAUGCAGAUGAUGAGGAAGAUUUGGAGUUGACUGAAGAUCUUUUAAAAGGACAUUUAGUGGAAAAUCUUUCCUCUGACUUUGCUCUUUUAGAAAUGAAAAGGGUGUUGAAAGCCACUCACAAAAUUGCUUCAAUUUUAUUCUCAAAUUCUCCUGAAGAGACAAAAGAACUAAGAGAAUUGGUAAAACAAAGCCUACCAAUUUUAGAACAGAUUCUACUGUUGUAUCAAUACUUUAUAACACAAGAAGUAUCGGCUUACAGAGUGAGCUGCAAAAUGAAUUCCAUUUUGUUAAAUAUAUUCAUUGAUUUGGCACAGAGAGGUUUUUGUGUUCCCCCCGAGCUUUCCGAUGAAAUGGAUAGUGAAGGAAUGAAUAAACCAACCGAUGGUAUGGGUUUAGGUGAAGGUCAAGGAGAAAGGGACGUUUCCGAUAAAAUUGAAUCCGAAGAUCAACUGGACGAUGCGCAACCUGCAGGCCAGGAAAAACAAAAAGAGGAAGACAAAGACUGCAAAGAAGAAGAUAAGGGUAUAGAAAUGAGCGAAGACUUUGACAGCAAGUUGCAGGAUAAGGAGAAAGCUGAAGACGAUGAGGAAAGUAAGUCUGAUGAUUCAGACGCCAAUGAGCAAAUGGGUGAAACUGAAAAAGGCGCCGAUCAGUUGGAUCAGGAAAUUUGGGGUGAUGAAGAAGAAGAAGCUAAUGAGGAUGAAGGUGAUGAGGAAGAAUCGCAAGAAAAAGAAGAACAGGGCAACAAGGGUGAAAAGGAAGGUGAAGAUCAACUUGGAGCCAAAGAAGAUAAACCUAAUAAACCAGAUGAACAACAAGAACAGAAUGAAGAAGGGGAAGAAAAAGAAAAAUCCAAAAAAGACAUUAAUGAAAUGGAAGAACCAGAGUAUGAUGAUGAGCAAAACGAUCCCUACCAUGGUAAUCAACCUGAAUUGCCCGAACCAGAACCGAUGGAUUUACCAGAUGAUCUUCAGUUGGACGAUGGCGAAGAAAAGAAUGACGAUAAUCAAGAAGAAAAUCCUUUCGAUAUUGAUGCUAUGAAGGAAGACAAUGUGCCCGAAGAUAAAGAGGAGGAAGAUAAAACAAACAAUGAGGAACAACAAAAUGAUGAAGCCACUAGUUUUAGUAGCGAUGAUGAAGAUGACACUGAGAAGAAUGGAGAUAACGAUGAUGAGUUCCAUGAAGAAGUUGAAAAUGAAAAUAAAGAGGAUAAAAAGGAAGAAGAGGCGGGUAUGAAUGAAGGUGAAGUUGAAAAAGAAGAAGAAAAUAAGCAUGAAGAGGAAGAAAAAGAAGAUAAUGAAGAAUCGGCUUUGGAUCAGACAGCAACUAAUGAAGAAAAUGUUGAGGCAAUGGAUGUCGAUAAAUCAGAAUCGGCCGAUAAAACGCAAAGUACUCAAAUGGAAAAUCAAAAAUCCAAUCAACCAAUUGAAGAACUAUGCCAGGAAGAUAAUCCCGAUAAAGAUGGUACUGGUCAAUCUCAAAUGGAAGAAAGCAAAACCGGGCAUUCAGCACAAACAAGCGCUCCCCAAGAAACGCAAUCGCUGAAAAGAGAACGCGAAGAUAACGAAAUAAAGAAACAGAAACCUGGCGAAAGUGACAAUCAAAGAAGUCUGGGUGACACAAACGAACCAACAAAGAAAAAGCUUAAAACAGUCGAGGCCACCGAUGAUGGACAGGAUGACGAUCAAAAUCCCGAAGAAAAAGAUACGGCUGAAAUGUAUCAGCAUAUAAAAGACGCUAAGGAAUCAUCGACUCAAGUUUUGGAUACCGCUACUGAAGAACAAGCGGAAGCACAGCAAAAGGAAAUACCCAACAUGGAAGAAGAAGAAGUCGGUGAAGAAGCAACCGAGUCUCAAACCGAACUGCCUAAAGAUGAGGAUAAGGACGAAGACAUGCCUGAAGUGGAAAAUGCAAAGGCUGAAAAAACUGAUGGUGUUAAAGAUGAGAAAUCCAAAAAGCAGCAACACCCAGAUGGUGAUAUUUUAAAUGAUAUGAAAGACAUUGACGUAGAAGGGGAUGUUGUUGAAACAUCAACCGUUUUAAGAAGCAACGAAACUACGCAUCACACUCAGUUUACAAAUUUAUCUGAAAAUACAGCGGAAAGGUUAACAAUCGAGGAAAUAAACGCACUAAGAACCGAUGUAGAAAAACAAUUAUCAGCAUGGAAUGAGCCGCCAACAAAUUUAGAAGCCGAACAAACAUGGCAAAAAAUUUCAUCGGUUACAUCUAGUUUAGCCCAAGAUUUAUCCGAACAAUUAAGGCUUGUACUAGAGCCCACUCUAGCCAGUAGGCUUAAAGGAGAUUUUAGAACCGGUAGAAGAAUUAAUAUGAGGAAAGUUAUUCCAUACAUUGCCUCACAAUUUAGAAAAGACAAAAUCUGGCUGAGGAGAACUAAACCAUCGAAAAGAGAGUAUCAGAUAGUGUUGGCCAUUGAUGAUUCCUCCAGUAUGGCUGACAACCAUUCCAAAGAAAUAGCAUUUGAAAGCGUGGCGUUAAUCUCAAAAGCAUUAACUUUACUAGAAAGCGGUCAGCUAUCUAUUCUAAGUUUUGGCGAAAAUACUGAGAUUGUUCACAAGCUGGCGGACCAAUUUACAGAGAAAAGCGGGGUAAAGUUACUGCAAAAAUUUAAGUUUGAUCAAAAUAAAACUUGCAUUUCCAAAUUGGUUGAUUUCUCCACUGAAAUGUUCAAUCAAUCUCAAAUGCAUUCGUCAGCUUUGAACGCAAAGUUGCUUGUUAUAGUGAGUGACGGAAGAGGCGUAUUUUCCGAGGGAGAAACUUUUGUACGACAAGCUGUAAGAAGAGCGAAACUAUCCAACAUCUUUAUGGUAUUCGUUAUCAUUGACAGCCCCGAAAAUAAAAACUCGAUAUUAGACAUUAGAAUGCCAGUGUUUAAAGACGGAAAGUUACUUGGCAUACAGACGUAUAUGGACGUGUUUCCUUUUUCAUUUUACAUUAUUUUAAGAGAUAUAAAUUCGUUACCAAAUGUUUUAAGUGACGCUUUGAGACAAUGGUUUGAAGUUGUUUCAAAUUUAGAUAAGCAAUGA